AUGGCCGUGUAUGCUCCCAGCUGGCCGCUUGUAUGCCAGGACUCCAUGACCUCCUCAUCAAAUGACCUGAGCAACAUUGAAUGUGCCAACGAACAGCGUCAGCACUCCAACUCCAAUGACCAUGAAUGGGCCAAAUUUCUGGCCGAGCUGAACAAUCACGACCAAGAUGCCUCUUCUAGCACUGGCAUCGACCUUGGGAAUCUUGAUCUUAAUGAUAGCCCGCCAACUCAUUUCGGAGGCAUGGAGAACAUGCAAAACAUGAUGCACACGGACCCUCUUGUCUCCACCGCAACCAGCUCCGCAGCUUCAGUUCUCGAUUCCACUUCAAACACCGCAACACACCAAUACAUGAACUGGCCAAGCAUGGAAUACGCUGGAUUCGACACAGCCUCCACGUCUUGGAUGCCUGCUCAGCAGCAGCAGCAGCAGCAGCACCAUCAUCAUCAACCCCAGCAACACCAUCAACAACAGCAAUCACAACCACAGCAGCAGUUCGAUCAGAACAGCCACCUCAUGCAGGGUCGCGACGGUCUCGGCAUUCAGCUUCAGAUGGCACCCACGUCUCACCCGAAUUACCAUCCAGAACCUUUGAUCUACGAUCAGCCCUUCCUGAGCCAAGAGUCUUCCUUGGACUACGAUGAAGACUACAGACAGGACUUGAUCUGGGACCGUCAAGAGCAGAGUCUUCCUCCUCAGGAUGACAUAUUCGCUGAUGAAGAUGAGGCCGAGCCAGAAGAUUCUGCCGAUCCGUGCUAUGCGCAGCUCUUGCACAGAUGUCUUAAGGAGGCGCCCGGCCACACUAUGUCGCUUCGCGACCUCUACGAGUGGGUUCGACAGCACAGCCAAAAGGCCAAAGACCACCAGAACCGCGGCUGGCAGAACAGCGUCCGUCACAACCUGUCCAUGAACGCCGCUUUUCAGCGCGUUCCACCCAGCCCCACCUCGCCGAAAAAGGGCAGCCUCUGGCGCCUGACCGAUGAGGCGCUCAGAAUGGGUGUCAUCUCGACGACACGCUAUCGCAAGGACCCAAAACGCAAGUCAGACCGUCGUUCCACUACGCCAGCUCUUAACCGUCAAGCUUCAGGUGCCCGAGGCGGACGAGCUACAAGGGAUGCCACUCGCUUGCGCCAGCAACACCGCAACGGCGGCUCGACUGCCCUUAACCGCUUCCGCCGCUCAGAGCGUAGCCACAUCUCGCGCUUCAGUCCAUACUCCAGCAGCCCCUCGCCGGGAAUGCCUCCAAGUAGCCCACUAGCUUCAUCUCCAUACUUCCUAGAGCUCGACGGGGAUGAUCCAUCCGCCUACUCUCUGCCCCUGUCUAACUGUCAGACUCCAGCACCACAGGUCCCCAUGCCAAUGUACAGCGAGCAGAAGCCAACUCUUCAGAAUUUGGACUACCUGCCUGUUGAGCCUAUGGAUUACGCACAAGGUGGCAUUCACAACGGCCUAGAAUUCGAAAUGAUGCAACAGCAAUACAACCACCACUUCCCCUGCACUCCGACUCCUUCCCAAGCGAGCUACAUGACGGAAUCAAGCUACAUGACUGAUGACGCUGUCCCUCCUCUGAUGAUGUCCGCCAACAGCCACAACAAUAGCCGCGAGAACACGACGUUUCAAUAG